AUGGAGGCCCCCCCGGACGUGCCUGUAGGGAACCUCAUCGACUUUGACACCGAAACACCCACCUGCAUCCCUUCGGAGCCCUCUGCCCCCAAUGGCAACGGGCACCCGGGGGACACGGGGGACGUGGCUGGGGAGGAGAGCGAUGCCACCGAGUCAGCAGACAGCGAGAACGACAUGGGCGACUCCCCCCAGCACUGGGGCAGGUACCAGCGCUCCUCCUCCAACGAGUCCUUCUCCUCCAGCCAGAGCACCGAGUCGGCCCGGGAUGAGGAGACGGCCGAGCGCCGGGAAUUCAUGCGGCACUACGUGGAGAAGAUCUUCACCGGGGGAGAGGAUCUGGACCAAGAAGAGAAGGCCAGGUUUGGUGAGCUCUGCAGCAGCGAGAACGGGAAGGGCAGAGAGUGGUUUGCAAGAUACGUGAGUGCCCAGCGCUGCAACUCCAAGUGCGUCUCGGAGCAGACCUUCUACCGCCUGAUGCAGUCCUUUGCCCUCGUGUUGUUUGAGUGUCACCAGAUGGAUGAUUUCAGCCCUGCCAAGAACCUCAUGACCAUGUGUUUCACCUACUACUACGUGGGCAAGACCCACACGCUGCCCUUGGAGGCCAAGGAGAAGCCGACGGGCAGCAUCGACUCGUACCUGAAGUCAGCAAAUAGCUGGCUGGCAGAGAAGAAGGACGUCGCGGAGCGGCUGCUGAAAACCACGUCAGCCAAGACAGAGAAUGUCAAGGGCUUCUUCGGGGGCCUGGAGACCAAACUGAAGGGUCCUACCAGCAAAAAGAGCGACGAAGGUGAGGACAAACCAAAGGAGAAGCUGAAGAAGACGGUUUCUGUGCAGAGCCCAGAGGAGGAGAAGAAAGGAGAGAAGAUCUACCUGUACAUGCACCUCAAGCAGCAGCCGAUCUGGCACAAUCUGAGGUUUUGGAAUGCUGCCUUCUUUGAUGCUGUGCACUGCGAGCGCAGGAAGCGGUCCCCCACCACCAGAGGGAACACUGGGGAGGAAGAGGAGAAGAGGGAGAAGUGGUGCCAUAUGACGCAGGAGGAGCGUGACGACAGCCUCCGCUUCAAUGAGAACAUCACCUUCGGGCAGCUGGGCACCUUCAUUCACAACAUGCUGGCGUUCGGCUUGAACAAGAAGCUCUGCAGCGACUUCCUGAAGAAGCAGGCGACCAUCGGCAACUUGGAUGAAGAGCAAUACAAGCUGCUCAGUGACCACAUUGAGCAGAUGGCUACUGAAUAG